ACCGUUGAGGGAGUGUAAAUGGUGCAGGUGAUGUAGUUGAGCAGCAGCAGGUGUGUGUGUGGGGUUUGUUGGGGCGUGGCUUGAGAACUACCUGCUGCAGGUAGAUUCAGGUUACGUGCUCCGCUUCACUCGCUGUUUUUCCUUCUUCAGUGUGAAGUUACUUCUCCAGUGUGUGUGUUUUGUGAGACACCGGAAGUGUGUGAUUAGUUGUUUUUCCUCUCAAAACUGGAAUGUUUGUUUGGCAUCUUCACUUCCUGAGAUGAGCUGAGGAUCCACAGGUGCAGGUAAAGCUGGCGUGAUGUCAGGAUGCCUAGAGUCCGAUCGUUACGGUGAUGUCCUCCUGGCUGCUACAGGUGGCGAUGUCUCACCUGCAGAGGACGCGGGGUCGUUUCUGGAUCUGUCACAGUCAUCUUUUAUUUUCACCUCCUCUCUGCUGGAGUCAAGUGACGGGAGCGCGAGGCAGGAGGACGUGGACGGAGACGGAGACCUGCUGGGAUGUGGACAGUUGGAGACGAGGUGGGUGCUUUGGCAUAAGUUCAUGAAGGAGCACGCCCACCUGGAUGCUUGGCUGCGAUUGGCUGAACACGCCAUUGGUUCCCCAAACUCCGCCCCCGUCACCUACACUGCUGCCAAAGAACAACUCAGGAUGUUUGAGAGGCUGCGCAGCGAGGCAGGUUCUCGGCUUGUCCAGCUGGACGGUCUGACCCACAGGAAUCGAACACUGACUCGACUCUUCUUCGGUGCCAUGCGGUCUCGGCUGCUGGCGUUGGCGAGAGAGUGCGGCCGGCGGUGGGACGACGUGAAUGCUCAGCUGGAGUCCAUCACAGCGCGGCUGAAGCAUUUUGUUUCAGAGUGGGAGGGGUUUGAGGCAGCGGGGGAGGAGCUUGCUCUGUGGCUGGCCAACCUGGACGUCCGUCUGACGGAGGUGGAUCACCUGAAUGAUAACACCUGUGAGAAGCUGAGACGCCUGCAGUCCUUCCAGCAGUGUGUGUGUGAGAACUCGGGCCGUGUUAAUGCCCUCCUCCAGCGCGGUGAGGAGUUAAUUCUGCGCAGCGAGCCGAGUGACGCUCAGCGCAUAGAGAGCCACCUGCUGGAGCUGCUGCGCCACUGCAGCCAGGUCUACAACAACAUCGCACGGACACACACGCGACUGCUCAGCAUGAGACUGGUGUUUGACAAUGACUGGAUCUGGUCUCAGGCCUCAGACUCUGGUUGUCCGUCAGAGACUCUGUUCGAGGAGGAGGGUGUGUUUGAUAAAACUCACCUGGACGUCCCUGCACUUUCAGAACACCUCAAAGAUUUCAACCAAUCAGCUCCCCCCACUCUUCCCUCCUCAGACUCGUCCUCACCUGUUUACCUCCCCCCUCCCACUUCAUCGUCUCCUGUCCACGAGCACCUUGGGCUGGAGUGGGACCCGUCAGUCGAUAUCGGCCGCUCUGUUUCCUGCGAUGACAGCGACUCGUCGUAUUUCAGCGGCAGCACAGGACGGUGUCACAGGGGCAAUCUGAAGAGAUGGAGUUACCUCAGUUGUCAGUCUGACAUCAGCCACGACAACACAGACCAGGAAGCAGCCAUGCGCCGCAGAUGGUUAGACCACGCCCACCCUGGCAUCUUCUCACCAGCGGCGACAAAGGAAGCCGAGUCGCAGGUGAGGGGGGAACGCUGGGCGACUUCAACGCCUGACAGACAUGACAGCGACCCAAUCAGCUUUGGUGGCCGCCGUGUGAGGGCGUGGCUGGGUGUCCAGAGCACCGCCCCCUCAGAGGGGAGAACAUUGUAUUCCAAAGCAGUGCAGACUGACGAGGAGGUGAAGGGUGAAGAAGAGUCCUCCUGUUGUGUGGAGGAAGACUGUCAUUUCUCUGAAAAAAGCAGGGCCACCGCCACCUCUGGCUCCUCCUUCGUCUUCUCCUCACCCUCUCACCUCGCCCUCCUCCUGGUCGCGGCUCUGGCCCUGCUCAUCUCUCUGGUCUGGGUCGUCCAAGAAUCGCCCUGCCACCGCAGCAGCAGGGUCGCUCAUGGCUACCACCUGACACUGAGAUAUGUCAACGGGCCCCCACCCACCUGA